GCGGUUGACUCGCUGCUCACACCUGCCCGCGCUGACUGAAUGGGCGCGGAGGACUGGCGGAAUUCGGCGCCAGGUUUCAUCAGCCGCGCGCCCGGCCCCCGCCCCUCGCGCCCAGCGCCCCGCGCCCGCCUACGGACUAGGCAGCCCCGGCCCGCUCGGCCGCGUCACGGCCGGGCACCAAUGGGAGCGCGGCGCGGCGGCGGCUGCCAGCCCAGAGGCGGCGGCCGAGUACCGACGCGCCCUUGGUGGGCGGGGCAGCUGAGUCUUCGCGCGCCCGGCGCCUCAACCUGCGGUUCCCGUAGCGGGCGGGCGGGCUGCACCUCCGCUCGCCUUCUCAGUGGCUCCGCAGGCGUGUGGCCGCUUCUCCGCCAAUCUGAGCCCGCCGCGCCACAGCAUCCUAUGGUCCUCUGCAGAUCCCACAGCGCCCCGGCCAGAACUAGUGCCGCAGGUCCGGCUGUGCCAACCCCGUCCCGGCGGGCCCCAGGGAGCUCACGCGGAGCUCGUGACCAGCUUUCCUUCUCCAAAAUAAAAGAUCUGGAAAACAAAAACGGUGGACGGUGUCCGUGGCCUUUGAAUCCUUUCUACAGAUCCUUCUCAAAUGUCAGCUGCUGAACUAUUCCCUUGGAAUUAGACUAGCAAUUUAUAAAGUACAUAAUUGCAUGGUGCUAGCUUCAGAAAAGUGUUUUGUUGUUGCUGCUGUCGUCAUUUGUUUGUUUUUUAGAGACAGGGGUCUCACUCUGUCACCCAGGCCGGAAUGCAGUGGUACAAUCAUAGCUCACUGUAACUUCAAAUUCCCAGGCUCAAGUGAUCCUCCUGCCUCAGCCUCCCAAGUAGAUAGAACUACAGGCUUGUGUCAUCACGCCUAGUUAAUUUUUUUUUUAUAUAUAGACAAGGGUUUUUGAUAUGUUGCAUAGGCUGGCCUCAAAUACCAGCUGUCUUGCGAUCAUUUUGCCUCAACCUCCACUAGCAUCUAGGACUACAGGGAUGAGCCACCAUGCCCGUCCCCAGAAAAAGCUGUAAUGAACACAGGCUUAGCAGUUGUAAAAUGCGUUUUUGUUUUUGUUUUAGAGACUGGGUCUCACUCUGUCACCAAGUUGGAGUGCAGUGGCAACAUCAUAGCUCACUGCAGCCUUGAACUCCUAGGCUCAAACAAUCCCCUCACUUUAGCCUCCCCAGUAGCUGGAAAUAUAGGCGAGCACCAUCCUGCCCAGCUUUGUAAUGUGCUUUGAACAGUGCCUGACAUCAUUGUAAGCCGCCAUAUAUGCUUUGUUUUAAAACAGCAAAU